AUGAGAUCCUCUCUGAAUAUUGUCCUCUUUAUUGUGGCGGUGGAGGCUCAGAUGGAGCAAUUGAAGCUAGAUUUGAACCCAAUUCACCAACUAUGUCAACCGUGCAUUUUCGCUGCAACUGCUGUCAAAAACACGAACAAAUCACCAACUGUCAAAGAAGCAGAAAAGAAGACAUGUAACACAUUUCUGAAGAAUGAUUUGGUCUGUAAUGGAGCCGUUGAAGUUGCUGGAAUCUAUUUGAAUUGGACACCCGCUGAGAAGAUAUGCGAGAAUUUCAGAAUGUGUUCGACUCUUUUUGAUGGGAAAAAGAAGUUUCGGGCACCGGUGAGAGAGGGGAAGAGACCGGAUGAGUUGGCGAUGAGAGUUCUGAAAGUCUUUGAAAACGAUGAGUUCCCAAUGCAACGCUUCUCGCGACAAGCUGAUCCAGUGAAUUAUUUGAAUUUCGAGCAAAUUCAAAGUUUUGAGAAAUUACUUCGAGAGCACAACACGGAGAUCAGCAAUGCCCUUAUCAACUUCUUAACUAAAUUCCAAGCUGCUUUGAAUCUAUAUUUAAAUGAAAACAGAAAAUAA